AUGGAUAUCUAUGCCUCCACCUUAUCGCCAGCGCUGGACAUCGGCACAGGCUGCUACCUGCUGGGUGUGGCUGUGCUCUCCAUCAUGGGAAACCUCCUGGUCCUUAUCAUGGCAUUUAAAAGGUCAUCGAGGAUGAAACCACCGGAGCUGCUGAGUGUGAAUCUGGCAGUGACAGACCUGGGAGCAGCAGUCACCAUGUACCCCCUGGCUGUGGCCUCUGCCUGGAGCCAUCACUGGCUCGGGGGAGAUGUUACCUGUAUUUAUUACGCCCUCGCAGGAUUCUUCUUCGGCGUCGCCAGCAUCAUGACCCUGACUAUCUUGGCAAUAGUGCGCCUCAUUGUUUCCCUGAAUCUUCAGUCUACCAAGGAGAAAGUCAGCUGGAAAAAGGUGAAGAUUCUGUGCAUGUUGCCCUGGCUGUAUGCUCUAAUUUGGGCUCUGUUCCCUAUACUGGGCUGGGGCCGGUAUGGCCCAGAGCCCUUUGGACUAUCCUGCUCACUUGCCUGGGGAGAGAUGAAACAUGAGGGAUUCUCCUUUGUCAUCUCUAUGUUCUCCUUCAACCUCAUCAUGCCUUCUGUCAUCAUCACCUGCUGCUACUUUGGCAUUGCCAUCAAGCUCUAUUUCACCUACAAAAAGUCGAUGAACAGCAGCAACCGAGUCCCCAAUAUUGUCAAGCUCCAUCGGAGGCUGUUAGUAAUCGCUGUCCUUAUCAGCGUAGGCUUCAUAGGCUGCUGGGCACCCUAUGGCCUGGUAAGCCUGUGGUCAAUUUUCCACGACAGUAGCACCAUCCCACCUGAAAUAAGUCUCCUGCCGUGCAUGUUUGCAAAGAGCUCCACUGUAUACAAUCCUAUGAUAUACUACAUCUUCAGCCAGAGCUUCAAAAGGGAGGUAAAGCAGCUGGGAGGGAUGUGCCUAGGGUAUAAUUCAUGUCAUGUUUCCAGCAGCAUCAAUCACAACAUGGUUAGUGCUGACAACAAGCCCAAAAUAGCAUCACGGUCUUCUUUACAGGAGUCCAAGAUUGUGACUUUGGUUUGA